UUAUAUUUUGGCAUGGCAACACUAAUGAUGUUGUCAUAGCUAAAUAAAUACCUACUCCCAAAUCUAAAACGAAUUUUCAAUAAUUUGUGGAUAAAUUGAACCUAAUUUAGUUGAUUUUGUAUCGUUUCUAUUUUCUAAUUAUUAUAUGUUCUGAAAAGUUAUUAAAUCAAAGAUGGCUUCAUCUAAUACCUUACAGAAAGCAAUCGACCUUGUCACUAAAGCUACAGAAGAAGACAAAAACAAGAAUUAUGAAGAAGCCUUACGACUUUAUGAGCAUGGUGUAGAAUAUUUUUUGCAUGCAGUGAAAUAUGAGGCACAGGGUGAAAGAGCCAAGGAAAGUAUUAGAGCUAAAUGUCUACAGUACUUGGACAGAGCUGAGAAACUCAAGGAAUAUCUUAAGAAAGAUCGUAAGAAGAAACCUGUGAAGGAUGGAGAAUCAAAUUCAAAGAGUGAAGAUAAGAAGAGUGAUAGUGACAGUGAUUCAGAUGAUCCAGAAAAGAAAAAAUUGCAAGGAAAGCUAGAGGGUGCCAUUGUGGUCGAGAAACCCCAUGUCAAGUGGAGUGAUGUCGCUGGACUCGAAGCAGCCAAGGAAGCAUUGAAAGAGGCUGUAAUCUUACCCAUAAAGUUCCCACACCUAUUCACAGGCAAAAGAAUCCCCUGGAAGGGUAUUUUGCUCUUUGGCCCCCCUGGUACUGGUAAAUCGUAUUUAGCUAAAGCUGUGGCUACUGAAGCUAAUAAUUCUACAUUCUUCUCUGUCUCAUCAUCUGACCUGGUUUCCAAAUGGCUCGGUGAGUCUGAGAAGCUUGUGAAAAACUUGUUUGAGCUUGCCCGUCAACACAAACCGAGUAUCAUUUUCAUUGAUGAAAUAGACUCUUUGUGUUCAUCACGUUCUGACAACGAAUCUGAAUCUGCCAGGAGGAUAAAAACUGAAUUCCUCGUACAGAUGCAAGGUGUUGGAAAUGACAUGGAUGGCAUUCUUGUGCUCGGAGCUACAAAUAUUCCAUGGGUACUUGAUGCUGCCAUAAGGAGGAGAUUUGAGAAGCGUAUCUAUAUAGCACUGCCCGAAGAGCAUGCUCGUUUGGACAUGUUUAAAUUGCAUCUUGGUAAUACAAGACACCAGCUAAGCGAGACUGAUAUUAAAGUGUUGGCAGAAAAAACUGAUGGUUACUCGGGAGCUGACAUAAGUAUUGUGGUCCGUGAUGCGUUGAUGCAACCGGUGCGAAAAGUUCAAUCUGCUACACACUUCAAGAAAGUUUCCGGCCCUAGUCCAACAGAUCCCGAUGUUAUUGUUAACGAUUUAUUGACUCCAUGCUCGCCCGGCGAACCCGGUGCACUUGAAAUGACUUGGAUGGAUGUGCCAAGUGACAAACUCGGAGAGCCGCCUGUUACAAUGUCUGAUAUGCUUAGAUCUCUAGCCACUUCUAAACCGACAGUCAAUGAUGAUGACAUGGUUAAGCUAAAGAAGUUUAUGGAUGACUUUGGUCAAGAAGGUUAACCUUAGUUUGCAAUUAUUUACAGUUCAACUAAUUUUUAUGACAAAUUACAACAAUAUUGCUGUGGAGGUGUAAUUUUUCAUUGUGUCAUGCUUCUUGGUGGCCACUGACCUCUGUUGCAUAAUUUUAAUAAUGUUAAUCUAUAUUUCAAAUUCAGGAGAAUUUCGGGUUCAGGACAAUUUAUGAAUUUCAAUUUGGCUCAAGUCCAUUUAAGGAUGCAUCACCGAAUAUAGCGUUCUUGUAGGAUGCUAUAUUUUAGAAAUCAGUCAGGGGUAUCUUAAUAUAUAAAUACGAAAGGUUUCUUUCUUCACAAAAUCUCUAAAACUGUUAGACAUACACCAAUGAAAUUUGGCACGGAGGUAGUUAUAAUUAGUAGGUGUCUGCUAAGAACGGAUUUCGCAGUAGGGCCUGAUUCAGGUGGUCAAAGGACGGACAAAGUCACAGGUGUCCGCUAGUAUUUUAAAAAGAAGUAGGCCAUCAUGGGAUGCCUAGCAGAUGUGAAACAUCUAGAAGUAUGUUCCUGUUCAGUUCAGUUAGAGCCUCAAUAGCUGAACGGUAAGAGCGGUCAGACUCAUUACUGGAGGGCUGGUGGUUCGAUCCCCGCCCUGUUGGUCUAUUUUCGUACCCACUCCUAAUACACUCUUUCCUGACUAGUUGGAGGGUAAUGGGAAUAUUGGUCAUAUUAAAAAAAAGAUAAGGCAAAUAUUCUUCUUUUUCACAUUGGAUAAUGAUUAAUAUCUGACAACCAUUUAUUAUAGUCGAUGCAUCACAGCAUUUCCUGUCACAUUUUUUACUGACAAGGUAAACCAAUUUCACAUUAAUGACUUGCCAAAUCAGUGUGCAUUUAACAUCUAGUAAGUGUUAUGAGAGCUAUUAACUGGCAGAUUUCACUGUAAAGUUGAACUAUUAAGUUAAAUUGUCUGCGUGUAAAGUGUUUUUCAGUCAUGGGUACAGUGACAGUUUGCUGUGAUUCACGAUAAUAGUACAUAUUAUGAACGUCAUAAGGCAAUUGUCACUGUAACCAUGCUAUCUGAAGAACACUUUAGUGUCUGUAAGUUUUAACUGUACAGUUUUUUCCAAUGAUUUUAAUUGAAAUUUACAUUAGUUAAAACUACAGUUAAAAAGUAAAACUUGUAACCCAGGUAAGUUAUUAAUGGAUAUGACCUCUUAUAAUAAAAGAACACACAAUAAUGUAGAAAAUGACAUUUAAAAACUGGCCAAUUUUGCUUUCAAGAAAAUUAUACCUAAAGACCUUUAAAUGACUCAUUGAAAUCACAAAUUCAGAGCAAAUUCAACCUUAGGGAUUAAGUUUAAGGUUGAAUUUGCAAAUGCGACUACUUGAAUUGAGUGCCAAGAAGUUGUGUUUGGAACUCAUUGAGUGGGGGCGUUUUUUGGUUGCUGAUUGUGCAUCCACUUUUUAAUGAAGAUUGAUGUGGAUAACAAAAAGAAAUCAUAUUUCAAUGCUAUUUACAAAACUUGUUGAACUGUAAGCAACUCUUAAAAAUAUUAUAGAUGCAUAGUGCCUAUAUUUUUGCAAGAGCUUAUUGUAAUUAUUUUAUAAAUAUAAUUAUAUUUUUACUUGCUUUUUUUCACUUUUAUUGCCAUAAUCACUUCAUUGAUGUCAUUGUAACCACUAUGUUUAAAAGUCACAGAAAAUACAGAAUUUAAACAUUUGUUGAAUAAAGGAGAUAGAGAAGAUAAGGCAUUUACUUCAUAUUUGUGUAAUUAAUAUUGAGAUGCAUAAUAAAAAGUUAAAUAUUGCAAACAUGUUAAAUGUAUUAUCUACAUGAAAAAAUAAUUUUAAUAAAGUAUAUUAUGUGUUAGUGUAUUGUAAUUUUGAUAGUUUAACAUAAUAUUAAUUCUUCAAAUAUAAAUUAUUUUAUUCUUCAAAACAACAGGGUUUUGAUAUUUGACUCAAUUUUGUUUUAUUAUUAUUAAAUGGAUUCUUGUUAUGUAAAUAUGAAUAAAAUUUAAAUGCCUUUGUAAAAUUAAAAUUAAACACAUAAACUUUAAAAACAAACACUUAGUAAUUGUGUUACCUAUCUAUAUUACACCUGAUAUAAUUUUAAUACAAUUCUCUUACUAAGAUUAUGUAAUGUAUAUCUCUUGUUUUUUUAUAUUGUGUCUCAAAAAAGAAUUGUGUUGAUUUUUAAGUUAGGUAUAUAUAAAAUGUAUUUUUUUUCAUUUCUAUGUUACUACCUAAGUGAAUUAAUUAAAUUCUUAUUAACAUUA